AAUCCAGUCAGAAGGUGAAAGAAGAAGCGGCCAUUCAAUGCCCAUCUCCUUUUGAAGUUUACUGCGCACCCUCUCUCUCUUUUUGCUCUCUCCUUCCUCGCCUUCGCUGGAUCCCUCAGAAGCCAACAAAAGACCCGAGACCCGGACAAAAGGGAGCUGUUUCAGACUCUCAGUUCAUUUAUUCCACACACCCAGAAUCAGAAAGCAAGAGAGAUAGAAAAACGCAGGACAUGGCCUUUUUCAGCUCCUGCUUCUACCUGAGAACGAGACGGAUUUGAGCGGACGUCGGAUCUUUUCCGUGUUUCGAGGACGGGGAGUGUAAUGGGGUUCGCCCAUUUGCUCCUGAUCGGUUUUGUUCUGCUCGCGCUUGAUAGUAGAGGACUCGUUCGUGGGAAUGCGGAGCUGGGGGCUCUCAUGGAGAUCAAGGCCUCUUUGGACCCGGAGAACAAGAUUCUCACCUCGUGGACCAGUAACGGCGACCCCUGUGGCGGUUCGUUUGACGGGGUGGCUUGCAACGAGCGUCUGAAAGUGGCUAACAUCUCGCUGCAAGGGAUGGGCCUCGCGGGCAAGGUCUCUCCUGCAGUGGCUCAGCUUAAGUGCUUAUCGGGCUUGUACUUGCAUUACAAUUCCUUGACUGGGGAGAUUCCUAGAGAACUUGCUAACCUGACCGAGCUGACAGAUCUUUACCUCAACGUGAAUUAUUUGACUGGGAGAGUACCUUCUGAAAUCGGAAGCAUGGCUAGCCUUCAAGUGCUACAGCUAUGUUGUAAUCGGCUUAAUGGUACUAUUCCCCCGGAAAUGGGAUCCUUGAAGAAGCUGAGCGUUCUUGCCUUGCAGCAUAACAAAUUAUCCGGUGAUAUUCCUGUUGGCUUGGGCAAUUUGCAGACCUUAAAGAGGCUUGACUUGAGCUUUAAUCAGUUUACCGGUCAGAUCCCGGUGAAAGUAGCUAACAUUCCAGAACUGCAGGCUCUUGAUGUACAAAACAAUUCUCUUUCUGGACUUGUCCCUCCUGCUCUGAAGAAAUUGGAGGAGGGGUUUCAAUAUCAGAAUAACACAGGUCUAUGCGGAUUUGGAUUUCCUUUGCUUAGAAAUUGCAACGGUCUCGAUGACGCGAAUGUCAAUGAUUUACAGCCCAUCGGACUGAACACGAACAAGACUGUUCCGAUCCCACAGACAGCAAAUGUGAAGGCACAUUGCAACCGACGCCAUUGCUCAAGUCCAUCGAAACUCCCACAAGCAGCUCUUGUUGCUGGGAUUGUCUCUGUCACAGUCACAUUGGUCGGUGCAGGACUUCUAACAUCCUAUCGAUAUCGUAGAGGGAAACAAAAGAUUGGUAGUACAGCUGAUGCUUCUGAUAGCAGGCUUAGUAGUGACCACUCGAAAGACUUAUACAGCAGAAGUGCAUCUCCCCUCGUCUGCCUCGAGUAUUCUAGUGGAUGGGAUCCUCUGGAUGAUGGCCGCUAUGGAAAUGGACUAUCCCUGCAGGCGCCUAGGUACACCUUGGAAGAAGUUGAGUCGGCGACCCAAUACUUUUCGGAGGUUAAUUUGUUGGGAAGGAGCACCUUUUCAUCUGUCUACAGAGGCAUACUGAGGGAUGGGACUCCUGUGGCUAUCAGGAGCAUCAAUGUGACAAGCUGCAAAUCGGAGGAAGCCGAGUUUGUGAACGGACUAAAUUUGGUGACUUCGCUAAGGCAUCAAAACCUCAUUAGAUUGAGAGGUGUUUGUUGCUCAAAAGGCAGGGGUGAAUGCUUUCUCGUGUAUGAUUUCGCCCCCAAGGGUACCCUUUCGCAAUAUCUCGAUUUAGAAGAUGGAAGCAUCCAGGUUCUUGAUUGGCCCACGAGGGUUUCUAUCAUCAAAGGAACUGCUGAGGGUAUCGGAUACCUACACAGCAGUGAAGCCGACAGGCCUGCAGUUGUUCACCAAAACAUAUCUGUUGAGAAGAUUCUCAUUGACCAGCAGCUCAACCCACUGAUAAUGGAUUCUGGGCUUCCAAAGCUUCUCGCCGACGAUGUCAUAUACUCAGCUCUCAAGAUUAGUGCUGCCAUGGGUUAUCUGGCGCCGGAGUACAUUACGACAGGUCGUUUUACCGAGAAAAGCGAUGUUUUCGCAUUCGGAGUCAUCAUCUUCCAGAUCCUCUCGGGUAAGCGACAACUUUCCAGCUCAAUGCGGCUGGCGGCGGAGUCUUGCGCUUUCGAGAACUUUAUCGAUUGCAAUCUGAAGGGAAACUUCACUGAACCUGAGGCGGCUAUUCUCGGGAAGAUUGCAUUAGGUUGCACCAGUGAAUUUCCCGACAGUAGACCUACUAUAAUCAGAGUGAUCGAGGAACUAAAUGAUUGGCGCGUCCAGCAUGGAUGAUUGUACAUAGCCAAUUUGCCCGAAGUUGCAUCCAUGGCGGCACCAAUUUAACUGAAUGAGUUAUCAAGCUCAGCGGCGCGACGGGGCAAUGAUGUAUGAUCCCUGAAGAAUAUACAGUGUAAUCUUGUCCUAAUGUAUAACAGAUCAGCUUUAACUUAUAUGUACUUUUUCUGUUCACCUGAGUCAUAAUCAUUUUCAUUUUCCCUUU